UCCUAAGAAACCUCCAUCUUCCUGCUCACCCUCCUAUGGAGCUUCCCCACCCUGUGAAGCAGUCUCCGCCUAUGGAGCUUCCCCACCCUGUGAAGCAGUCUCCGCCUAUGGAGCUUCCCCACCCUGUGAAGCAGUCUCCGCCUAGUCCGGCGGCUGAUAUUCCGGCAACCGUUCCCAGCAACGAUAACAAUAUUCCUCCCACUAAUUACGUUUCAAAUUUCAAUUUUCCUGUCGGUUAUCGGUUUUGUCCUUUCGAUGAUGAGCUGAUUUGCCACUAUCUCAAGAAGAAGGUAAUGAACCAGAAAUUGCCUCCCAGCGAAAUUCCGGAAGUGAACUUGUACAAGCACAAUCCUGAGGUCCUUUCCGCAAAGUAUCGAAUGAUUGGACAAAAAGAAUGGUACUUUUUCACGCCAAGAGAUCGGAAGUACCCCAAUGGUAAUCGACCAAAUCGAGCCGUAGGGAGCGAUGAACCCGGGGUUGUGAAUGGCUACUGGAAGGCAACAGGUUCUGAUAGAGAAAUCAAACAUGGGUCUACCGUGAUAGGGUUCAAAAAAGCUUUGGUGUUCUAUGAAGGAAAACCACCAAAAGGCUCAAAGACCAAAUGGAUUAUGCAUGAAUUUAGGGUCAACGAUGCCCCACCUCUCAGAUCCAGAAUCAACAUGCGG